UAUCAGACUCGUUGUUUGAAGAAGGCCAGCCAGUGUCUUUGGUCGGAACCAGUCUACACUACACACAAAGCUGCACAUUUCAAAAUCAAAAGGCGUGUGAACGAGACACCGUGAUCCACUGAUACACCACCGCCAUCAUGCCUGAAGUAUCCAACGAGUACAAGCUGAACCAGUGUGCAAGUGAUGGCAUCUCGUCAGUCAAGUUUGGUCCCAAUACAUCCCAGUUCCUGCUGGUGUCCUCCUGGGAUGAAACUGUCCGCUUGUAUGACAUUGAAGCUAACGUCAUGCGCACCAAGUACAAUCAUACCCAUGCAGUGCUGGACUGUUGCUUCUAUGACCAAACACAUACAUACAGCGCAGGUCUGGACCACACAUUAAAGACAUUUGACAUCAACACAAAUACGGAGAGUGUGGUUGGUACCCACGAGGCACCGGUGAAGUGUGUCGAGUACUGUCCAGAUGUCAACGUCAUUGUGACGGGCAGCUGGGACCAGACGGUCAAGUUGUGGGAUCCACGCACACCGUGCAAUGCUGGGUCCUUCUCACAGCCUGAUAAGGUUUACACCAUGGCAGUGUCAGGCGACCGACUUAUUGUAGGCACGGCCGGCCGCAAGGUCUUGGUUUGGGACCUGCGCAACAUGGGCUACGUCCAGCAGCGGCGCGACUCCAGCCUCAAGUACCAGACUCGCUGUAUCCGUUCAUUCCCCAGCAAGCAGGGCUACGUACUGAGCAGCAUUGAGGGCCGAGUUGCCGUGGAAUAUCUGGACCCUAGCCCCGAGGUGCAGAAGAAGAAGUACGCCUUCAAGUGUCACAGGCUAAAGGUAAAUGGGAUUGAGAACAUCUACCCCGUCAAUGCAAUCGCAUUCCAUAAUCUCCACAACACAUUCGCCACGGGGGGCUCGGACGGUUUCGUAAACAUCUGGGAUGGGUUCAACAAGAAACGCUUGUGCCAGUUUCACCGCUACCCAACGACUAUAUCCUCACUGGCUUUCAGCAAGGAUGGGUCAGUUCUGGCCAUCGCGUCGUCGUACAUGUUUGAAGAAGGAGAACAGGAUCAUCCGGAAGAUGCUAUCUAUAUCCGAAGAGUUACAGACCAAGAGACCAAACCAAAGUAGGAAAAGAAGUCCAAGUAGGAACAAAAGCCCAAGUAGGAAAAGAAACCCAAGAAGGAAAAAAAUAAUCUAAGCUAGCUAUUGACAGUCAGUUUUUGUUAGUUACACUAGAAUUGUAAUAAUUACCGGCUUUAAUAAAAAACAUCCUUAUACUUGCAGGCAUACUGACAUUUAAAUAACUUCAAGCCUAAGUUGUCCCUCAGGGCUUUUUUCCUGCUUUUUUUGUGAUGAAUGAAUUGUAAAACUGUAAAUAUUCAGUAACUAGUAAUGAUUUGAUGUUCCUUACAAAUAAAAACAUGCCGCUUUCUAGGGGCUGUUGUAAAAUAAAGCAUUUCGUCACCUUCGUUUAAACAGUAUUGAUUUCGAAUGCAUGUUGUUAAUCAUCCCCCUCGCUCAAAAAAAUUCCACUUAACUUAUUUUUAUCCAUACAUUU